GAAGUAGGAAGGGUUACAAGUUACAACCAGGGGCAGACUGACCAUUCCAGCACUCGGGCACUGCCCGAGGGCCCGGGGUCAGUAGGGGGCCCUAUGAGAUGCCCCUGGUACCUUUCAUAUGCUUUUUUGGAUUGGGCAAGGAAACAGGGGCCCCAUGAUCCCCUAUUGCCCGGGGACCCCAUGAGUUGUCAGUCCGCCCCUGUUGAGGAAACCAUUAGUCAGUACCCCCAUCCUCCAUGUGACGUGUCCUCAGACACUAAUAAUCAGUCCCUCCAUCCUCCAUGUGUCCUC